AUGGAAGCAACAGAUCUCGUGGAGGACCUACAGGUAAUGAUAGAGGUGGAGUUGGGCAUCCCAGUCGGACAGCAACAGCUCGUGGCCGCCAACGGCAUGUUACUUCGCAGCAAUGAGACCCUUGCGUCGCAGGGGAUAGUGUCCGAUACUAGCGUAACGGUGCGCUGCCGAGCAGAGCAGUCACAACCACAAUUGCAACAACCGCCGCCGCCGCAGCAACAGCAGCAGCAGCAACCACAAUUGCAACAACCGCCGCCGCCGCAACAGCAGCAGCAGCAGCACCAACAACAAGGGGGAGGCCAUAUUCCUCUCGAUCAGGCGCGUGCCCUCAUUCGUAACCUCUUCACGAGCAGGUCGGCGCGACCACAGCAGGAACCGCAUGGGCUGCCGCUCAAUGAGAGUGACCCAGAUUUCCAGCGCCGCCUCUACGAGGCCAUCCAACGGCGCAAUGUGGAUGAGAACUUUGCUAAUGCGCUCGAGUUCACGCCGGAAGUCUUCGCACAGGUCACAAUGCUCUAUGUGGACUGUGAGAUCAACAAGGAGAAGGUGAAGGCGUUUGUUGACUGCGGUGCCCAGGUUUCCCUCAUGAACGUGCGCACAGCUGAGCGGUGCGGGCUUAUGCGGCUCCUUGACCCCCGGAUGAAGGGACUCAUGCGGGGUGUAGGGGAGCAGGUGUCGCUUGGCCGCAUUCACAUGGCGUUGGUGAACCUCGGUGGCCUCCAUAUACCCAUCUCCCUCUGUGUGCUGGAGAACCAGAGUAUGGAUUUCAUUAUUGGUCUUGACCAGAUGAAGCGGCACCACAUGAUCAUCGAUCUAAAGGAGAACUGCCUGCGCGUGGGGACGACGGCAAUCACGUUUCUUUCAGAGGCCGAGCUGCCUGCAUUCGCACGCCUGGGGGCGGGAGAGAGUGAUUGUGAGCAUGAGAAGGUGGAGGAGGGUAGUUCAUCUUACAACGAGGUGACGGCAACAAGAGAGCCGCAAUUAACUGCAGCACCAUCUGGUGCGGCGGAGGUUUCCGCCCCAACGGCGGUUAACACUAGUAGUGGUAGUGAUGCAGGUGCCGAUCGCGAGGCUGCAAUUGGGGCGCUGAUGUCGCUAACUGGAAUCGACCGAGAGAGGGCAAUUCUAGUUCUGGAAGCCGCCGGCUGGGAUGCAAAUGUGGCUGUGUCGCUCCUCUUUAAUGAGUGA